UCAGGGCGUGCGUGUGCAUGCACGCAGGCAUGUGUGUGUGCGCACACGCACAUGAGCGUGUUUCCUCUACUCCCUCUAUCUCUCCUAGCGCUUCCUUAAAGAAUUCAGCCUGUGGCCACUAGAGGUCUUUUCUUUUCACAUGGUGCUGCCGUGCAGUUUGUUCGGCUUUUUAUUUAUUCCUACGUGAGCAGACCCACUACACUUCUUGCAUAUAAACAGUGAAAAUUACAACAGAAAGGACUUAUUUUUCCUUCUUUUGGAGUAAUUCUGCUGCUGGUCAAAGCCUGACUCCUUGUGCAAGGCACGGGGGUACCGUCGGCAGGUAAUUCCACUGCUUCAAGGCACCACUUGCUUGCUUGUAAGGACUGCCUGGUCUCAGACCAUGUGAAUGCUGUGGCUCUGGGCUCAGCAUCCCCCAAGCUGCAGGCAUGCCUCACUUGGCCCACGUGGGAACUUCAGCCAAGACACCACGACGGGGCUCUGACUUCUGAAUGCCCUCUGAUGCCUCGCUCUUGUCCUGGUCACACCCGACUAAGCCUGUCAGGCUAUUUAGGAAGAUAAGUUCCCCUCACUGAAGGAGAGGGAAAUAGCAUGCAAGAAAACAAUGGCCCCCAAGAAGGAAGCUCUGGCUGAUAUAGAAUGGGGGGUUCCCUUAGGGGCGCUAGGCAUCAUCAAAGAAGCAGAUCCCUGGGUCAUUUAUUUCUCCGCCAAUGUACUUGCUAUGGCAAGAAGAUGUGUUUAAGUUUCUUGUAGGUUUACGUUGGCAAUUGAUGCUGCGGGAAAGGAAGCCGUAUGUUCUAGACGUAGCAGAUUUCUUUUGGAAUUCACACAUUGUGAGUCUGGCGCUAUCCCCCUAAAUGGUACUUUUGUUGUCUUUUUGUUCAAGACAGCAAGCUUCUUCCAGGAUCAGAACUGCCUGACGGCCUCCCCUGAUUAACAGUCUACCAGCUCUCUGGGUAGAUCAGAUGUUUAAUAGUUAGCCUAACUCAUUGUUUAUCUAUGUAGCAGUUAUGACUGCGAUGAAAUAAUAUUUUAACUGCAGGGGAAGCAUUACGGAUUGCUCCUAAGUAGCCUCCACAGGCUGGGAAUGGCCGGCAGGGUUUCCUACUCUAAGAGAAGAGCACGAAUCCAUCCGGGCCGGCAGUUCUUCAUGUCUGAGAUGCCAUCAUUAGAUGCUGCUCCAAAGACCUAAGGGAGAUGUGCCAAAGACAAGUACAUGGUCCCAUCCCUUCCCACUGAGGCUCAAUGGCCCAGCAAAAUAUGAAAGUGAGACCUGUGCUUCUAAAGCGUAACAGCCUGGAGUCAGUGGAGUUUGUGAAACAACCUCACCACCGUCGGAGCAAAUCCCAGCAGGUGAGAUUCAAGGAAGAUGGGACCACUAAGAAUCCAACUGGCCUAGCCGAGGUCGAAGUCCAAACUCCUGAGGACCCAGCUGUGAUGGGGAGGACACAGACAGCCAGGCACCAUCACCCCCCCACCUACUCGCUCUCCUUCCCCAGGCCCCAGAAGGCAGGGGGCUUUCGGAACAUGGCGAUCCAGACCUCUCCCAGUCUCAGGAAGCAUUUCCCAGUUUUCAAAAGGAAGAAGCUCACAGCCAGCAAGUCUCUGGUGGAAAUGCCAACAGCGUCCCAAAGUGCCAUCCAGGUCAACGGCAACCUCUCUGAACAGGAUAUUGUGUCUCCUGAUCUUGCCUACCUAAGGCUGGCUCAGCAUCUUGAGGAUGGGCCUCAAAGAGUCAAGAUGUCCCAUCCCUUUCUCCCUAGAGUGUCCAAGGUGCAAAGCAAUGGGCCUGUUACCAUAUGCUUGGAAGGAGGUACUUGGAGGGCCUCCGAGAAAGCAACAGCUGCUAUUCAGGUCCCAGAUGAUAUUUAUCACAGUCCUUCCUUCAGCCCAGACAGGUCAGCUGGAAUGAGCAACACCAUACCCACUUUGGUUGACAUGUGUCCAAGUGAUGGGAGAAGGAUGCUGCCAUCGGAUUCCGAAAGAUCCCCCUCCUGCAUAAAUGCCACCAGCGGUGCCAAUCACACAUCAGGCACAGGAAAACUUCAACCUGAAUUGCUUUUGCCCAAAGACAACUCUGAUGACAAAGACCUUGGCUCACUGUCCUAUCAGUCAAAGGAAACGUGCAUUCGCUCCCCACCACGAACUCACAGCUCCCCUUCACCAGGCUCCCACAGCCAGCCAGGCCAUCCAGCAAGAGCCCCCGACUGUCCUUCAUCCAGUAACAGUCAGCAGGACCCAGGGUCACUCAAAACUAACAGUGCACCCAAAUCUGCACCCAUGUGUCAGGAGCAGAUGGCAAAAAACCCCACCGAGUCAGACACCCCGGUGUUUGAAAACUGUCCGGGAAGUGAUCACCCCCCACCCUCUCUUCCAAGGAACGCGGCCAAACUUCAGACCAACAGGGAGAUUAGUGACAUUAAUCAAAUUCACCUGGCAAGGGGUGAACUCUGCGACCUCCAAGGCCGUCUACAAUCCGUGGAGGAAUCUCUGCACUCGAACCAAGAGAAAAUUAAAGUCCUUUUGAAUGUAAUUCAAGACUUGGAGAAAGCCCGAGCUCUCACCGAAGGGCGCAACUUUUAUCGAACGGGCCAAGAUCUCAACAAUUGCAGUACCUGCCAGAACACGGCGUGCAUCAUAUACAGUGUAGAGUAUGACUUUCGGCAGCAGGAAGGCAGGUUCCAUGAAGUUCUGCAGAGUCUGGAGGAAGCGGAACCAACUGAGGAGGCAUCUCCUCCACCAAAGUCCCCAGCAGAACCCCCGGCCCCUGAGAAACAGGACUUAAGGCGGAAAACCAAGAAGGUGAAGAAGAAAUGCUUCUGGUGGAUCUGAGCUGGUUGGGACCAUCUGUUCUGCCUUCCCCAUGUUCCUCCAUGUAUCUCCCUGAGGUGGGGAACCACUGCCCUCAAGGGCCUCUCUGCUCCUCUGCGAAGGCCCUGGGCUUCAAGCCACUUCACCUGCAAACCAGGAGAGUCUUGGAGCUGGUAGAGCUGCUGCUGGACAACUGAUCACCAACCUAACCCCAGGGCAUGCCAGGGCUGGCUGAGGACUUCCUCGAUGCUGGGAUGAUCACUUAGCGAGUUCUCCAUCACUCACAUCCAAGCCGCCUCCUGGUCUGUGAGUUCAGAUUCCCACUACAAGCAAACCCCCCACUGCACCUUCCAGAACCUCCAUAAUAUCAACAAUUGCUUCUUAUCUUGAGCUCAUCAACCCCAAAGAAAAGAUUAAAGUGUUGCACAGAGCAGAAAAACAGAGGAGGGUUAUAAGAAGGUACUCCAGAAAAUAAAUUAGAUAAAAUGGCAGUUUUCUAGCAUAUCAGUGUACAUAAGCACAAAAGAAGUGGGCAGGGCAUAGAGAUGCAAGAUCACCCUGUUGUGUUGGGGUCAUCUUCAUUUUAAUCAGCUCCUUGAUCCCAAGUCAAGGAGUUGUCAUUCAUGCUGAAUGGGCCUUCCUCUCUGUGAUGGACUAAGGUCACCCCAGGGUGUAAGGAACUUUUGGUGUGGCUGUCCUGUGCGAUGGGCAUUCAAAAAGUGUUUCAGUGGUUGUGGCUGUUCCAGAGCAUCACAAGUCUCUGCCCAGUGCUUGAAACUGCCUAGCCACUAGAUAGAAUCUGGUUUGGGUUUAAUCUCUAGGAUUCCACAUUUCAUUCAUCUGCAAUAUUGAAUAUCAUGAGACCCAGCAAUCUGUCACUUACAUCUGAUCAGUGACAUAAAUAAGGCUAAGACACAAUGCAACACUAUUUCUCAUCCAUUCAUCCCUGCAACAUCAACCUUGUAGAUAGGUUCAAACACAUAUUAACGUGCCCAGCUUCCCUUCCUUGUAACCAGGCUAAGGCCACCUGACGGAAGAAGCAGCAGGACUACGGAUGAGGAUAUACUUGUUUCCACUUUAGUCUUAACAGACCUUUCUUUCCCAAAGUCUGAGUUCUUCAAGGUCUGGCUCGUUCAUUUGAAAAGACCCCAGUCAAACUGGCACAGCUGAAUGAACCACUAAAGUAAUAUAAUUAAGUAAUUGCUCCAUACUCUUGGAGAUUGAGGGGUCUGAUGGCAAGGCUCAGAUUCCGCCUCAUAAGUUCCCUGCCAGCCUGUGGUUCAACUGAUGCUAUUAGAAAGGGAUCCUAAAACUAAAUAAACACUAAAUGAAGAAGGCACUUCAAAAUCCUCUUGGCUGAAGGCCCCGCGUCUGAGUUAGAUCUUUGUGCAGCACAGCCUCCUGUGUGCACACAGGCUGUUUGUCCCCCACUGCAAACUGAAACCAACUGAGCAAACCACUCCAACAGUUUCACCUUCCCUUGUCAUAGCCACUGCAGUGCAUAAAGCUAUUUCAGUGGGAGCAAGAGGGAAAUUUGGCAAGGGAUCUCAGUUUGCACUAUUUAAGUCUUGGAUUGUCAUUCAAGAUGUUCUUGUUCUGUUUCUAGUGUAAUGUUGAAACCCACAAAAUGAGACCAGAAUACAUAAUGUCAAGUCAGAAUUAAGAUAAAUACACUUGUCGUACUUAAGAAGCCACAUUUCAAUAAGAUAUGCUACCCCUGGCUCAAAGCCACCCAUCAUUCUUCCUGUAUCCAUACAGUCAGCUCUCAGUUGGCUCCAGCAAUGGAAAAGAACAGCAUAGAGGAUAAUCCAAUAAAGCAAAACCAUUUGGGAUCUCUUAUGUAAUUUUAUCUUGUAAUAGAGCUUCGAUCUUAAGUUGCUUGGCUUAUGCUAAUUUCAAAUGAAUUUAUACUCUUGGACAUCAUGAUAGAAUGAAAAUAACCCUGUUCCUAGAAUUAACAGACCCAGGCAACAGAGCAGUCUAUUCCACUAACUUUUGGCAAAUUGCUUAAGAUUUCAGGGCCUGUUUGUCCAUUCUUGAAUAGAGAUAAGAACACCUACUCUGCUGUAAAGAUCUGUGCAUCAUCCAACAUCAAAUGAGCAGAAUGACUCAGAGCUGAGCUGGCUUCUUUGCCAAAGUUAGCCUGGAAUGAUGAAAAGAUGGUUGAGGCAACUCAUACAAAAUUAAGAAACUCCUGAAGUCAUAUACCUGUGGCAAGUUGGGGACCUCAACUAAACUCUCAAUUGAAUUAAGUGAAAUUGGGCUUAGAAAAAAUGUUGGCAUUUCUAGAAAUAAAAUCAACUGAGCUGAUAACAAUUCUAUACCAAAGCACAAUACUGCGUUUGGUUGGGUCACCCCCUCUGAAACUGGAAAGGAGGUCUCUUCUGAAAACUGAACAUUUAAAAUCAUUAUGAGGAAAAAAGAUUAAAAAUAAGAUCCUGCUGAACAAAAGUGAUCAUCUCUAUGUUUAAAAAAACCACACACGCAUAUACAAAAACUCUACACUUGUAUGCUCAUGUGAAAACCACUGCUUCUUUGUAAAAUAAUAUAUAACAUCGACCAUGAUAUUCUACAGAAAUGCUAUAUGUGAAGUUCUAUGGUUUUAUGAAGAGAUAUUCAUUUAGCAAAAAUUACUUUUAUAACAAUGAAGGGGAAAAGACCAAUACAUCAACUUAAAUUGCAGGAGUUUAUGUAGCUGCUUUCUCUAUAGUUAAAAAAUGCAUACUCACUAUCCUUGGAACUUAAUACCAGCUCAUCUCUAUAUAGAGCACCUUCUUAAAGAGAUGUACUAAUGUAAGGUUUUGUAAAUUUCUAAACUGUUUUAAAUGGGAUAUUAUCUUUUGCAAUAAACUUACAUAUUUUUCCUA